AUGGAGGCUUCAUCACCUUACACUUUCCUUUCUCUAAUUUUCUUCCUCCUCCUCACUCUCAAGCUCUUCUCUUCGUGGUUGAAGCAACCCAAGAACCUCUCGCCGAGCCCACCUUCCAUCCCUAUCCUUGGUCACCUCCGCCUCAUAAAACUCCCCCUCCACCGAACACUCCACUCCCUCUGCCAAUCCUACGCCCCGUCAUCUCUCUCCGCUUCGGCUACCACCGGGUCGUCGUCAUCUCGUCAGCAGAAACCGCCAAAGAAUGCUGUACUGAAAACGAUCUCGUGCUUGCAACCGCCCCACCAGCUUCGCCACCAAGCACCUUGGGUUGAGCAAGAGGCUGAACGAGUUCUUACAAAUUUGAUUGAAGAACACAGAGCUAGUAGCAAAAAGGGUGGUGGUAGGAGUAUGGACACUAUGGUGGAUCAUUUGCUUUCGUUGCAAGAGACGCAGCCCGAGUAUUACACUGAUGAGAUCAUUAAAGGGCUAACAAUGGUCAUGGUUGUAGGAGGCACCGACACUUCUACUACGACAAUGGAAUGGGCAAUGUCGUUUUUACUGAGUAAUCCGAAUUCUUUAAAAAGAGCUGCUGAGGAGUUGGAUAGUGUGAUUGGCCAAGAAUGCUUGAUAGAUGAAACAGACAUUGCAAAACUUCCUUAUCUCCAAAACAUUGUAUCGGAAACUCUACGUUUGAAACCACCAGCGCCAUUUCUUGUUCCACACAUGUCAUCAGAGGAUUGCACCAUAGGCGGUUAUAAUGUACCUCGUCAGAACACAGUAUUCAUCAAUGCGUGGAGCAUUCAUAGGGACCCGAACUUGUGGGACGAUGCGACAAGCUUUAAACCCGAAAGAUUUGAAAAUGGAGAUGAUGGGCAAUUCAAGUUCUUGCCAUUUGGGCGUGGGAGGCGAGCCUGUCUCGGAGAAGACAUGGCCCAACGAGUGAUCAAUUGA